UCUGGGUAGAGGUGAAAGGCCAGAGUCAGAAGGACACUUCCAAAGCGAGCUUCCCAAGGAAAAUGGGCACCCAGGGAAAGGUCAUUACAUGCAAGGCAGCCAUUGCCUGGAAAACUGACAGCCCCCUUUGCAUUGAAGAAAUUGAAGUUUCUCCUCCUAAGGCUCAUGAAGUUCGAAUUAAGGUAAUCGCCACGUGCGUGUGCCCUACUGACAUCAAUGCCACCAAUCCUAAGAAGAAAGCUCUCUUCCCAGUAGUCCUCGGCCAUGAGUGUGCAGGAAUUGUAGAAAGCGUUGGGCCAGGAGUGACCAACUUCAAACCAGGUGACAAAGUAAUCCCAUUCUUCGCACCACAGUGCAAAAAGUGCAAGCUCUGUCUGAGUCCUCUCACGAACCUCUGUGGGAAGCUCAGAAACUUUAAAUACCCUACUAUUGAUCAGGAGCUCAUGGAAGACAGAACCAGCAGGUUUACCUGCAAAGGAAGACCAAUUUACCACUUCAUGGGAGUCAGUUCCUUCUCUCAGUACACUGUGGUUUCACAAGCCAAUCUUGCCCGAGUGGACGAUGAGGCAAAUUUGGAGAGAGUGUGUCUGAUUGGAUGUGGGUUCACAUCAGGCUACGGGGCUGCGAUCAACACUGCCAAGGUCACCCCUGGUUCCACUUGUGCUGUCUUUGGCCUGGGGUGUGUAGGUCUUUCUGCUGUAAUUGGAUGUAAAAUAGCAGGUGCUUCCAGAAUCAUAGCUAUUGACAUCAACAGUGAGAAGUUCCCAAAAGCCAAGGCCCUGGGAGCCACUGACUGCCUUAAUCCCAGAGACCUAGACAAACCUGUCCAAGAUGUCAUCACUGAACUGACGGGUGGAGGUGUGGAUUUCUCCCUGGACUGUGCAGGAACAGCUCAGACCUUGAAAGCAGCUGUAGACUGCACCGUCUUAGGCUGGGGGUCCUGCACUGUGGUCGGAGCAAAGGUUGAUGAAAUGAAUAUAUCCACCGUGGACAUGAUAUUGGGCCGUUCUGUAAAGGGAACGUUCUUUGGUGGUUGGAAAAGUGUAGACUCUGUCCCAAACCUGGUUACUGACUACAAGAAUAAGAAAUUCGAUCUGGACUUACUGGUGACCCAUGCCCUACCUUUUGACAAAAUCAACGACGCGAUUGACCUGAUGAACCAAGGAAAAAGCAUCCGAACAAUCCUGACCUUUUGAAGACGCCAGGAGGAACUUGGAAUGUCAUCAGAUUGGAUCCGGGCUUGUCCGGAUGACUUCCCACUUCCCACGAUGAGCCAAGGAAAGCUAUGAGUUUAAGCAUGUAUUCACACUUCGUAUCAACACAAAUGAACUAUAAAUUAUAUAGUCACUCUUUCUGCUUGCUGCUGUUUAGGGUGUGUGGGGGGGUUGGUGGUGGUGGUGGUGAUUUUUGGGAAUUUUAUACAUGAGCACUGUACUUAGGUGAUUUCCAUCUCAUGGCCCCCCUUCACCCGUACCUCUCACAUCCCUUCCCCUAACUCUCAAAUUCAUGACCUCUCUUCUUCCACUGUUGCAUACAUACAUGUACACAGAUGUAAACACAGAUAGAAAUCGCUCAGUCUGUUCAGUGUUAAUCAUGUUCUCCAUGAGUAGUUGGCCAACCAAUUGGGAUUGGAUAACCUACUGGGUGACUCUUUCCUGGAGAAGACUGGUCUUCCUCUCUUAAUAGCCAUUGUCUGCAGGUUGUCAUCUGGGGGUGUGCCUUGUGAGAUUUCCCUUGUCUACACUGGAAUCUCAGCAGGUAUUGUCAUUGUCCAGGUCAUGUGUAGGAGACCAUACCACAUAAAUUCCAUGGAUGCGGCUCCCUGUAGUUAAUCUGUAGAAGACGUUAUCUGGAAGCAGAUUUCAUGUUUUGAGUGGAAUUUUUUUAAAAAAAAAAUUUACAUUAGUCUUCUCCCUAAUCAAGGCCAAGCUUGACUACAGAUUGAGAUACUGUUUUUAAAAAAAAUCACAUACAAAUAAUGCAGUAUUCGAUGAGUAAAAUACAUGAAAGUCUACAUUCUGACAGCGGCUCCUUUUCCUACAUGCUGUCAUUCACUAGUGAAUGCUGCUUUUUGAAAGGCUAGAUGCAACACAAACUACAUUUCUAGAGUGUCAGACCAUUGUACCAGACUAGAACUUGAUUCCCUCCAAGGGGAAAACCCAAGAAUAUUAUGGUAAUGGUCUGUGGGGCAAUGCACUUUCCACUGUUAUAAAGAACUGUCCUGCUCUCUAUUUGCAAAUGCUUUAGUCCAAAGGUGACAAUUUUAAUGCACAUAUACCAUUCACCAUCUUCAGGAUAUUAAACCUACUAACAAAAUAUGUAUUCCCCCACAUAACAAGGCAUAUAUAUGUCUUAUUGCAAAAAGCUGGUUUUGUAGGUCGAAUAUUAGUGACAAUAUCCAUCCAUUUUAGUAAGUGUGGGAAGACAAGUUUAGAAGGCAAUCUAAUCACAGUACCAUGACACAUUUGUCUGAAAAGCACAAACAGUUUCCACAUAGCCAUUAUGCCUUUGGCACCUUCGUUUUCAAAAUGCUACCACAGCACCCUCUGGUGUCCCUUUCAAUUUUUCAUUUCCUAGAUGCCAUUUUCACUGAGAGAAAGAACUCAGGAAGAAUAGCAAUUUCUAUUGACAUCAAAGCUGUCAUUAUAAAGGGUCCCUUCAUAUGUACUAUAUAAUGUGAUUCUCAAACACUUUCUGCUAUAAGCCCCCUGAAGAUAGGGCCAUGUUUCUAACCCUAAGCACCUUACAGAGAGCAGGCCCUCCAGCCAUCCAAUCCCCUGUGAAUUGCACUUAAUUAACUAAAGUAAGUCUUGUUACAGGGACACAUACACUACCCCUCCAACUGCUUCAUGAGGAUGGUGUAUCUCUUGGCUUAACGGUUUUUGUUUGGUUGGUUUUGAUGACUGAUGUUUGACUUGAUUUUGAUUUGAUUCGCUUUGCUUUAGAAACCUGUCUCAAAAUGUAGACCACGCUGGUCUGGAACUCACAGAGACCCACCAGCCUCUGUCUCCUUGGUGUUACAAUUAAAGAUCUAGGUUGCCAACCCCAGACCGUGUACCUGUAACAGACUUAAUUAAGUCCAAUAAACCCAUUGGUUCACCAACUUGA